UGCUCCUCUUGUUACAUGCACAGGGCAAGGGACGAGGAGGCCAUUCAGUGCAGAGACCCUGUAACACCACGGAAAGAUAAAAAGUCAUAUAAUCUGAAUAGUAAUAUUCAUUUUUUCAAUUAAACCUGCUUUGCAGUGCUUAUCUAUUGUCAGGGAUGUCUGUUAAAGAGAAGAGCUCCUUGAAGAUGGUGAGAUAUGUCCUGUGGUUUGUCUUCUUCACCGGAUGCCUUGCACAAGAAGAUUUAGGAGGAAAAGUCUUUCUUUUUCCCAAGGCCACUGACACAGCCCAUGUGAUUUUAAAGCCUGUGAUAAAAAAGCCAGUAGAGAGUUUCACCGUUUGCCUGGAAUCCUACACAGAAUUGACUCGAGAACAUUCCCUUUUCUCUUUGGCCGUUCCAGGAAAGGACAAUGCUCUUCUCAUCUUCCCAAUGCCACCGACCACAUGUCGGUUUAUUCUAAACCAAGAACCUGUCGAUCCCAAAGUACAACCAGAGGUUUUUGAUUGGAAACAUACCUGUGUAGCUUGGGAAUCUGGGUCUGGAGUGGUUCAGCUCUGGAUCAAUGGAAAACUGUAUCCCAGAACUGUUUUAAAGAAGGGGCCACUGAUUGAUGCUAAGGCCAGUAUAAUCCUGGGGCAGGAACAGGAUUCAUAUGGGGGCGGCUUUGACAUCAGUCAGUCCUUUAUGGGCGAGAUAAGCAAUGUGCACAUGUGGGAUUAUGUCCUGACCCAGGUAGACAUACAGAAGGUUCUGGCUGGAAAAAAGGAUGUAAAUGGAAAUAUCAUUAACUGGAGAUCAUUGCAGUAUGAGAUAAAAGGAGAUGUGACUGUCCAACCUAAGCUACAAUGUCGGUCUCUACAGAACCAUUAUAACUUGCUUUCUUCAUGCAAUGAAACUUAAUUACAGUAUUUUGCAUGAUGGAGUCACGCGCCACAUAUCUAUACUGGUUUCAUUCUGAUUUACUAAGUAUCUAAAUGCUUUAUAGCUGUAGUGUUCAUAAUUAGCUUAUUCUAUUUAAUGGGAUUGUGGGAAAAAUCAGGGAGGCUUCUAAUAAAUACUAUUGGUUAUCGUGUUCCGAUCAACUGCAAUCAGUCCGGCCUUUGUAGGUUGCUUUCUAGAGAUGUCCCUUACUGUUCCCAUGAUACAGUCACCUUGGUUGUCAAUGUAUUAUGCAAUGUUUUAACAAGCUCUUUAGAACUAAAUAAAGUUAUGACCGUUGUUACUGUG